AUGCUUGCCGAGUCGUUUGAUAUGACCUCCUUGGCUGAGAUUAGCUUGUCAAGGCCCUGUCCUGUAGCUUUCCCUACGUCAUCAACUUCCUCAUCAAUGAACACGUCGCAUGCAUUCCUGAUGCAACCGUCAGGCAGUCACGAUUCAUCCAGGCCCGGGAAUGGUCUCCCACCUGGUAUAGUCUACGCACAUGGUGGGCCAACCAAACAUCAUCGCCCAAGCGUCAACUUGGACAGUCGAUAUUUCCCUUCCUGCGGCUAUGCUGUCGUUUUACUUAACCAUGUUGGCUCGACAGGUUACGGCAGUGCCUAUCGUGAUGCCAUGGACGGCCAAUGGGGAGUGGAAGAUGUCCAAGAUGCUGUCGACUGCGUUGAUUACCUUGCUAAGGCUGGAAAUAUUGAUCCAAAACGAGUCGGUAUUGUUGGAGGGAGCGCUGGUGGGUACCUUACGCUUCAAGCUAUCUGUACAAAUCCAGAUGUGUGGUCCGGCGCUGUGAGUCUCUACGGCAUAUCAGACAUGAAGGGCUUUGCUCGUACCAGCCACAAGUUUGAGAGCUGCUUUGAUCAUCUUCUCGUUCGCGGACGCUCCUCAUUAUGUUCUGAGCCUCAUAAUGAGCCUACAACUAGGCAACCUGCUCAGCCAGAAGAUACUCGUGUGGAAUGUCACGACGCAGAGAGCACUUCACUUCUGAAGCUGUAUAACGACAGAAGCCCGAUAAAUCACAUUGACCUAUACAAACGUCUGUUCUGUUAUUACAAGGAACAGACGACUCUGUUGUAA